GUCAAACUGAGAGGCGUUUCACUGCAUGAUUGCCUUGUUAAGUUAAAAGUGGUACAGUGGAUAUUUUUCUUCUAGACACUUGAAAAUAUAAACAUGGGUACUUGGACCACUCUUUGGAUGCUGUUAUGUUCUUGCUUAUUUGUUUCAACUCACUCCUUCGUCUUGAAACAAUCACCGGGACUCACAUACAUUUCAGUUGGCGAUUCUGUAGAAUUAAGAUGUACAUUUGAGCAGACCGUUAGGUACUGCUAUACAGAUGCUGCAUGGCAAAAGUUGAAUCUACGAACUGGAAAACUCACAUCAGUGGAUACUAUCCAUGAGAAUACAAUUAAAAAACAUGAUGAUAAAACUUGCGUUUUGACUCUAAAUAAAUUAACCAAGAAAGAUUCAGGCAUGUACUACUGCUUUAGCCAUUACAACCAAAUGUCUGUGAUCGGCAAUGGAACCAGGGUGAUUGUAACAGAUCACUCUGAACCAGAACUCUCCAUCUUAUACUCACAACAUGAACCGGAUUCACCAUCGGUAUCGCUGCAGUGUCUUGUGACUGGACUUGUCCCGUCCCAGGUGCGCGUGUUCUGGAUGAUUGGACAGAAUGAGUAUUCUGGAUGGACCGAGUCCGCCUGGACAGACGACACUGAUUCAGCCACAGAAUUCACACGGGCUCAUCUCUCUGUUCCUGUAGAGGAGUGGAUUGAAGAUGAUGAAAUUCACUGCUUUGCUGAAUAUGGUGGCAUGAAUAUCUCCAAAACUCUGCGAUAUGGACCCGAACCUAAAAUCUACACGUGGCUUGUGUACGCCGGCUGUGUUGCAGCGGUCCUUACCAUACUUUUAACCGUCAUUUUGUAUAUUGGAUUAAACCGAGGUAAACAGAACACGCUGAGAGAAGAGAGUUCACCUGUUAUGGUCGAGCCAGAUAGUUUAUACCUAGAGGACGACAUAACAAGAGAGACAUUUUUUCCAGAUCAAUCUGGACAGUUUCAGACCACCUUGAUGCGAGACCGAGGAUCAUUUGCUGUGUCAGGGACAAGCAAAGAACAAGUUUUGACUCCAGUUGCAGGCUCUUCAACUCCAUUAUCCUGUCGCCCAAAAGGGAGCACUGCCUUUGCACACCCAUCUAAUACAUUCCAAAACCCUCUCCGAAGGGCCAAAUCAGCAAGAAAACAGAUAUAUGUAGCAGACAUUCAAGACAGUGGGAAAAUAUGUCCAUACACUACAGUGCAUGUCACAAUAUCUGAAGGCCAAGGUGUGCAGGCGGUGGGACAAACAGUGCAAGAAUAUUUAAAUUCCACUGACAGCUACAGUAUCUGUGAUGCCAAAGGGCUGGCGAUUGCGGAUACAUCGGAGACCAGAGAUUUGGAAUUUUGGAAAACUUCAAGCUGCAAGGUAUAUGCAAUCAGAAAUGCAGACCUGGCAAAGCUGAAGACGGGAAGGCUUGAAAGUGCUUCCAACAAGAAAAGGAUGGACAAUGAAGAAAAUGAAGUUCUAGAUGGCCUGCUUGAUGUUGAGCUUGAGAUAAAAAACUCUGCAUCAAGGCUGGCUGAAAACAUGGAUGAAAAAUUUGGCGAGCUAACCAUUGCAGUUAACCACAUUAAGGCUAAUGUCCUAAAAGUAGUGCAACAGAUUGAUGUGUUAGCUGAAGUCAAAGAGAAAGUUGCUGAUGUGUCAAAGUCACUAUCCAUUACUUCCACUCUGCGAGAUGCGCUGACAUGUCGAAUGUGCACAAACAUUCCCAAUUCUGUGCUUGUUAUCACUGCAUGCUGUGGGCAGGUGGCAGGGUGUGGCCCUUGUAUCCAGACCUAUCUAAAUGAUAACGACAGCUGCCUUUUAUGCAAAACUAAUAUGUUUGCAGGCAAGCUGGUGUUUUUAAGAGGCCUUAGUGAGGUACUGGCAAAAUUGACAAAUGAAGUCUCUUAAAUUUGGUCUGGCUGACAGUGUUUGGCUCAAAAGUAAGACAUAUUGUUUUACUUCGACAUGUUUACAUGUAUUUUAGCACUUCAUUGUAUUUUGUUACGAGGGCAUAGUGUUCAGAUGUUAAUAUGACAUCUGGUCAGGUAACUUGUUUUUUGUAUCAUUACAUUUUUUUAAAUAACUGUUUCACAGCCAUAUCUGUUUCUGAAUUGGCCAUUUAAAAAGAAAGACCCUCCCUUUUUUUUCUGCAUACAUUGUUAUAUGAGCCACAGCACAUUUUGGUUAUCCUAGCAGAAUGGCAUUUAACUGUUCAAAACCAUUCAAACCCAUUCAAAACAUGCAGAUAUUUGAAAUAUAGCUAGAAUUUCUGGUUUGAAUAUUCUGUGAUUGUGAUGUUCAUGGUACAUACAUGUUCAAAUAAACCAGUUCAACUUGCACAUGGACUUCUCAUUAAUACCAGUUACAUGUGACACUAACCCCAUGCCCAGUUCACUAUAAUCAUAAUGUAUAGCUGACAAAUAUAGUACUAUAUUAUGAGUGACACCUGUUAGUUAUUGCAAAUAAUGUAUGUCCUUGUACGGAGACCAUUCCAUGCUGCAGUUCAGGAGUGACAAAAUACUGAUAGGACAUAUAAAAGCUGCCAUG